CCCAAGGGUUUCCGCCUUCCUCCGCUCCGACUGCUGUGGACUUAGCAGAGAUUUCAGAUAUAAUAGGCUGAAAAGUCUUACCAGUGUUCAAAUCGCGCUCUUGAGGCCCCGAGAGGGUUGCAGCUGAGUGUCACGACUCCUAUUCCGCGAAGGAAGAACUCGUGAUGGCACGAAGCGUUCUGCCGUCCGUGUUUUUGCUCGUGAUUCUCUCCAGAAGCUUCAAUCGUGUAGCUGCCAGUCGACAGCUCACUGAAGCGGAAGAAGUCGAGGAAGCUCGCUCUGAGAAAUCCAUACGCAUUAUGUUCGACGAUUGGAUGCUCAAACAGUCCAAGACCUACACUCAGUCCGCCGAGAUGAGUACCCGGUUCUCAAUUUUCAAAGCGAAUCUGAGGCGCAUUGAUGAGCAUAACAGCCAGCCUUCGUCGUACAAACUGGGAUUGACGACAUUCGCCGAUCUUACUCCAGACGAGUUCAGGUCGAUUUAUCUAAAGAACAAAUUUCGACAAAAUGUGAGAACUAGUCAGGCACCGACCUUCACGUAUGGACAUGUAGACUCUUUGCCUACGGAGGUAGAUUGGAGGAAGGAAGGAGCAGUAACAGGUGUUAAAUCCCAAGGUCAAUGUGGGAGCUGCUGGGCGUUCUCGACCAUCGGAGCUGUCGAAAGCUUGAACCAGAUCAAAACAGGCAAUCUGAUUUCUCUCUCAGAACAAGAACUGGUGGACUGUGAUGUCACUUUGAAUACUUAUGGCUGCGCAGGAGGUUUCAUGGACUACGGGUUUGAGUAUAUAGUGCAAAAUGGAGGUGUGGAUACUGAUAUGGACUACCCUUACAUUGCUGCCGAGGACUUCUGCAACAGUCACAAGGAGACGAGAGUUGCUGCAUCAAUAAAUGCUUACGAGCAGGUAACAAUCAACAGCGAGAAAGACCUACAAAAGGCAGUGGCACAUCAACCCGUCAGCGUGUCCAUUCAUGCAAGCUCCGAGGAUUUUCUACUAUACGAAAGCGGAAUCUACAACACCACCUGUGGCACAGAACUAGACCACGGUGUUCUCGUUGUGGGCUACGGAACGGACCAAGGGCAAGAGUACUGGCUCGUGAAGAACUCAUGGGGGGAGAGCUGGGGUGAAAGUGGCUACAUUCGAUUGCAGCGCAACGUCCAGGCACCUGAGGGAAUGUGUGGCAUUGCAAUGGCCGCCUUGUACCCGACCAAGACGGGCAACAUCCCAGGCUCAAAUUGAGACCAUCAUGGUCGGUCCAAAUAGUUCGAUCCUCGUUACAUGUGUACAUGUCCGUAGUCGUCUGUUCAGGGUUUGUACAUAGUGUUCACAGUCCGAAGGUGCAUCUCAAUGUGCACAAGUGUAAAAUUAUCGUUCCAGUAGGUGAGAUUAUCUAGAAUUCGCACGGGACUGUACUGAGCCCGCUCCGUUACUCAUGUUGUCAAGCUAGACAGAUGAGAAAGAUUUUGACACGAUCGAUGUAGUAAAAUUACCCGUAUUCGUCUCAUAGCGGCGAUUUUGUUCUCAAGCUGUUGUUGACCGCCUCGAGAAGGCAGAUGAUCUCCACAUGCAAUGCAGACGCUGAAAUAUCUUC